AUGAAAGAGUUUCAAAAACUUUAUCAUCGGGUUUUAGAUUAUGUACCGCCAGAAGAUUUAUCUAUCAAGUUGAGUCUUGUGCUCAGACAAAUUGAAGUUAAACAAGCAGAGCAAAACACGAGAAAGAAAUCGCCGUUACGAUAUUUCAAAAAGGAUCCGAGAAAAGAGAAACAGUCAUUGAUUAAAUACAUGACCGAUGAGGAGGAGUUGAUUAAUUUCCCCUCCCCACAAGGCCUUUUAGUUAAUGGCGAGGUUGGAUCAGGGAAGUCAUUGCUUAUGGACAUCUUUGCCUCCUCACUACCACAUGCAUCAAAGAUGCGGUGGCACUAUAAUAAUUUCAUAUUGUAUGUGUAUAGUGAGAUUCACAAUAUACAGCAACACCGAUUCAAGACCAUGAAUCGAAAAGUGAAUGAGUUCAAGAUGGAAAACGAGUUCAUCUUAUAUGAAGUGGCCCAGAAGAUGAUUCAGAAAAACACCAUAUUGAUGCUUGAUGAGUUUGUUUUACCCGAUAUUGCUAGCGCCAACAUCAUCAAAAUCUUGUUUACUUUUUACUUUAAGCUUGGUGGAGUACUUGUCGCCACAUCCAAUAAGCUACCGGAGGAGUUGUAUUCUGCCCAAUUUAGCAAAGGAAAGUUCAAGAGCUUUGUUGGUAUACUAAAUGCAAGGUGUCGAUCCAUUGACAUGAAGUCGGAAAAGGAUUAUCGAACUUAUUUUGCCAACGAGUCAUUGGAGAAGCCUCACCUUGUGGUGAGGAAAGAUAACCCAAAUGAAGAAAAGGAAUGGGAUGAAUUGAUCAAAACUAAGGCAUUGGGGAUCGCAAAGGACUCCGAACUUAUGGAAGAGCCUUUAUCUAGUUUGGGGAAACCAUCUUUGGUCACCGUUUAUAACAGAACCACCCGAAUCCCGCAAUCAUUCAACAAUGAUACUGUGUGUCACCUCGACUUUUCUGAAAUCUGCCAGGGUCUUACGUCAUCAUCUGACUACAUUACCAUUGCUUCAAAAUAUCGUACGGUAAUAUUGGAUAAUGUGCCUAUUAUGACCACAAAGAUGAAAAAUGAAGCAAGAAGGUUUAUCACGUUGUUGGAUGCAAUUUAUGAAGCCAAAUGUCAAUUCUUUAUGAGAUCACAAGUUGCUGUGGAUUACUUAUUCUUUCCGGACGCACUCAAGAUUGAGGAUAAGGGAUUCAUAAACUACUUGAAGCAACACACGCAAUCAGAUAAUGCCGCUGAUAGGUUGGAAGUGCAAGACGAAGAAAUGUUUGCCAAGACGUCGAUUGCCAUGGAAAACCCCUACAGACCCAAUAUUGCAUCCUAUGACCAAGAAGAUACCGAACAUUAUGACGAACCUAGCAAAGUCAACACCAACAAAUCCAAUUUUGCCAAUAUAAAAGUUUUCACCGGCGACGACGAGAAAUUUGCAUUUAAAAGAGCCGUUUCCAGAAUCAAGGAAAUGAUAGGAUCUGAUGUAUGGAGAAAGGCUGAGAGAUGGGUUCCAAUUGAUGCUACAAUGAGACCAUGGGAACAAAUUGAAACUAGCACCCGCAGUCCCUCCAAGACAGAUGCAAAUGAAGAUGGCCAGAAGAUGCAAAACUUACUAGAAGAAAAGUCAAUGAAGGAUAUCACAAAAGAGAUAACCACGACUCUUCCACGCCAGUAUUCCCAACAAGAACGUAUAUCGUUUCCAUUUUUCAACUCAAAAAUUGCGCCUGUGUUCAACAAUUUACUGCAUUUUUGGGCUAUGGGACCGUGGAGUAGCAAACAGGGAAAGAGGUUAAAGGAUACCAUUGGUCGUAGCUGGAUCAGAUCCAGUGUUCGGAAUGAUGAGGAUAAGUAG